AUGACAGCAGCCACCUUACCAGUGGACCCAGCGGUUGUGGGGACCGUGUUGUACCGGCCAUCAACUGCUGGUGGCUCCUUCAAAGGCUCCCCUCGACUGACCCUCGCCCAGGCGCUCUCGUCGCAUGCUGGUGUCUCUGCCAUCCGCAUCAACCACAAGCGGAAUAUUGUGGCAGCAGACGCGACGACGAAGGAGUGCCUGGAGCAACUCCUCGCGAUCAGGGAGCUCCAGGGGAUCCCUGUGUCUGCUAGGGAGCCCUCAGACCGACGCACGAGCACGGGCUUCCUGCAUGGGAUCGAUGGUGAACCUUCCGACGCCUCCCUGCUGCCAGGCAUUGUCUCCAGUGUGCCGGUGAUGUCAGCAACCAGAGAAGGCAGCACCGUCACACUGCGCUUCAGUGGCCCCGUCCCCCCGGAAUACGUCAGCCUGUUCCGGGUACAAUUCCGCGUCAGGCCUGCACGGCCGCGCCCACUCCAGUGCCGUCAGUGUGGUCGUUUUGGCCACGUCAAAGAGACGUGCGACUGGCCACAGUCCUGCAUCAACUGCGGUCAGGCCCACCGAGGGGACGAGGGCUGCCAGAGACGUCGGUGCGUGAACUGCGGCGGACCCCACUCGGCGGACACACCGGCCUGCCCCCGCUGGCAGCAGGAAAGACGGGUGGCCACCAUCAUGGCUUCCUCCACAGCGCCCUUGUCCAGGAAGGGGGUCCGGGCUGCGGUCAGAGAGGAGCUCCAGCAGGACCAGGUGCCCAGGAACACAGGGCGCUCCUACGCUAGCGUGCUGCAGGGCUCCAGCAUGCCUGCCGCCCUCGAACCAAGGGCCCCUGCUGCUCGGACGUCCAGACCACCCCGGCCUACAGUCGGGUCCAACAUCCAGGGCCCAGCUGCUCCGCCGCUGGCCCCGCCUGCCGGUACAGUUGCCACCCCACCACCUGCCGAGGCUCCUGCAGCCAUUUCCUCUCAGGCUGGGACCCCCUCUGGACCUGCUGCCACUUCCCAACCUACUGGGGAUUCUGGAGGACCUGCUGCCACUACCCGGCCCCCACCUCAAGUGACCCCUGGUCCUGCUGCCACCACCGAGGUUCAGCAGGCUAUAUCCAGUCUGGCGGAGAUUCUGCUGCAGGCCAUGCGGAUUGCCUGUGCCACGCUCCCCGCUGACCACCCACUACGCCCCAUCUGCCUUCAGGCAGUGGCCCUCCAGUCAACAACUACCCAACAUGGGCCGCGGAGGGAUGACCUGGCCGAACACCUCCUCCAGAGCAGCUACGACGUGCUGGCCCUGCAGGAGGUGUAUGCCCGGGCUGACGAGGUCCGCCUCCCAGGCUACGUCGGCUACAGCAGCAGGACUGGCUGCACACUGGGCUCCUGCCAUGCUGCACCAUGCCUUGAGGAGAACCACCCGCAGGGCAAUGCUCGCUGCGCCAUUUACGUCCGGCGAGAGCUGGCACAGGCGGAGGUGACCGUGGCGGACCUUGCGGGUGGUCCAUUUGAAUGCUGUGCAGUACGUGUACGUGUGGGCGGUGUGGACACCACAGUGGCAAGCGUUUACAUAAGACCAAGCCAACCAUGGGACCCUUCCUGCCUGCUGCAGCUGGCCACACGCCUUGGCAGUGACUUCGUUCUAUGCGGAGACGUGAAUGCGCACCACCCCACCUGGGGAGGCAGACGCACAUGUGCGAGAGGCAGAAGGCUACAUGACGUCCUCCACCAGCUUGGCCUGCAGCUGUUGAAUACGGGUGUUUCCACAUUCAUCCGCCGUGGUGCCAACAGCACAGAGACGGCAAUUGACCUGAGCCUGGCCACUGAGAGCUGCCGUUACCACUGGGCUGCUCUCCCUGACACAUGGGGAUCGGAUCACUUCCCUCUGCUGCUGACCCCGUUCCAGGGCAGCAACCCCCGCUGCAGGCAGUACCAGACUACAGACUGGAAGGCCUUCCGAUCCCUGAUGGACCAGGCGAACGAGGGAACGGACUUCCUGCAACAGGUCGCUGAGAACGCCAAGGCUGCAGCCAUCCACUCCACAGUUCCGGACGGGAAGCCAGCGCCGGACCUCCGCCUCUUGCGACUCCGGGCGGCACGACGCCGUCUGGAGCGCAAGGCAAGACGCGCCCUACUUCCGGAGCUGUGGACGGCCUUCAGACGCCUUGAUGCAGUCUGCCGUCGACACGCCCGCCGACGCAGAAGGCAGAGCUGGCGGAGUGUCUGCUCUACAAUCAGCCGCAACCCGGACGGAGCCCGAGCCUGGCGCCUUCUCCGAGCUCUGCUUGCCAGCCCUAGGGGACUACGCCAAGCUCUAUCAGUGGCGGUCCUGCUGUGCGUCAGCAUUACAGUGCUGGUGGAGCGUCUGGCCAACCGCUUCGCGGACAGGCCCCCAGUCCCACCAGCCCUAUACCUGCCAGCCACUACCACAAGGCCCUCCCCCACCUGGCACCACCCGGCUUGGAUGGCGGAGCAGAUUCGCAGGCUGUGCAGCGAACCCAUCCAAUUCCAUGAACUCGAGGCGGCCCUGGAACAUACUCGUCGACGCGGAGCCCCGGGUGCUGAUGGCAUCACCGGCCAAAUGCUGCGCAACCUGGCCAGACAGCAGCGCGAGCGGCUCCUGGAGCAAUACAACUCCAUCUGGAGUACGGGGGUCCUGCCGGAUGUCUGGCUGACUGCAGUGGUCGUGCCACUCCUCAAGCCCCGAAAGCCAGCUACCGCCAUCACCUCCUACAGGCCUGUCUCACUAACCUCAGCAGCCUGCAAGGUGAUGGAGAGGAUAGCCCUGGCACGGCUCGAAUGGAUCGCAACACAGCUGCAGUUCUUCGCAGAACAACAAACGGGCUUCCGGCGACAUCGCAGCACAGCGGACUCCAUAGCAGACGUAGUGGCCACCCUUGAAGACGCCCGAGGCAACGGAGAAGUCGCCAUGCUGCUGCUCCUGGACGUCCAAAGCGCCUUUGACCGACUCCCUCACGCAGCAGUGGAAGCGGCACUCGACAGCCUUGGCAUCAGUGGCUGCCUCCGAGCAUUCAUCUCGGCCUUCCUGAUAGGCCGAUCCUUCCGGGUACGAGUGGGCACGGUCUUCAGUCAACCACGAGACAUCACAACGGGAGUCCCACAGGGAUCCGUCCUUAGCCCAUUCCUUUUCAACCUGGCAAUGGCGGGACUCGCUGCGGCACUACCAGUCCAUGGCAAAUUCCCUGUCCGCUGCUCCCUGUAUGCUGACGAUGUGGCACUAUGGGUUCGUGGACCACGGCGAUCCCUGACGGUCAUACGCAACGCGCUGCAAAGCGCCCUGGAUUCCGUUGUGACCUUCCUCCAUGGCAUAGGCCUGUCGGUGUCACCUGGGAAGACGGAGGCACUCCUGGUACAUCCGCUCGCCUCGGCACGCCACCGGGCAGGGCAGCUCCACAUCGCGGGCACAGCCAUCCCAUGGAGCCGAGAGGUAACCUACCUUGGCCUCACCAUCGACCACCGCCUCACAUGGAUUCCUGCAGCCAAGGUAAUCUCCGCCAAGGUUCGCCGAGUCCAGGGAGCAGUGGCCAGGCUGCAUCAACGAGGACAAGGCUGCACAGUCCAAUGGGCCCUGCGGCUGAACCAGGCAGCGGCAACAUCCAUCCUGCUGUACGCCCUACCUCUGGUCCUGCUGUCCCCGGUCAGACUGCGCCAACUGGAGAUGCUGCACAGACGUGCGGUGAGAAGCAUCCUGGGACUCCCCAAGACAUCUCCUAUUGCCGCUACACUGGCAGAGGCGGGCGAGUGGCCACUGUCACUGCUCAUGAUGCAACGAGCCCUUGGUCACGUUGAUCGCCUUCACCGAGCACCAGAUGGAGAAGCGCUGCUAACUCGACUGCGCAACAUGCCACGGUCCCGCAUGGGGGCCCUCUGCCAGCUGUGCUCAGAGGUGAUCACGGAUCGACCAGUCCCAGUGCCCGCCCCGCCCCCACACCAACCAUCUCCGGAGGUGCACCUGACACUCGGUGGAGCAUCAAAGCGCCACACACCAGCGGCGGCGCUACUGCAGGCUGCCGCCUGCAAACUCGAGGAGCAGCUCCACGGCAAGCUGCUCGUCUUCACGGAUGGCUCCGUGCUCCCAGACGGCUCAGCGGCGGCUGCCUGCACCAUUCCGGCUCGGGGCAGCAGCAGACAGUGCAGGCUCCCCUUCAAGGCAAGCUCCACAGCAGCUGAAUUGGCGGGCCUGCACCUGGCAGCUGACCUCUUGGCGGAGGACCCCCCGCAGACUACGGUGGCGGUUUUGUGCGACUCGAGGCCAGCCCUCCAGAUCCUGGCGGACCUCCAACCUCAGGGCCUCACAGCUGCCAUCCUCAAGUCCAAGUUUGCGGCACUUGAUUCGGCAGGGAUACCCAUCUCGUUCCACUGGCUGCCCUCACAUGUAGGGAUUGCUGGGAACGAGGAAGCCGACGCCCUCGCAAGAGAAGCCCACCAGCCAGCCGUCCCUUUCACCAGAUCAGUUGCCCCCUCGGACUACUCCAAGCCCAGGCUUAAACAGAUCAUUGCUGCCACACACCCAGACGCCAGGGUGGCUGCCAGCCGACCGCCCAAGCUCCUUCCUGAGAAGGGGCUAUCCCGUCGCGACCGCUGCACACUUCUCCGUCUCCGCACCGGCUCAGUAUGGACUGCAGCCAGGCUACACGCCAAAGGCCGCAUCUCCUCGCCAUCCUGUAGUCGCUGCGGCGACGUCGAGACCUUGGACCAUCUGCUGUGCUCCUGCCCUGCCCUUGCUCAAGAGCGUGCAGCAGUCACAGCGGCUUACAGGCACUACGGGCUUCCGAGCUCCACCACCCACCAACUGCUUCACCCGGCACGUCCUCACGUCCCGGCCUUCCUCAGCCUACUGGAGUUCGUGAACUCCAACGGGCUGCUCUACCACCGAUAA